AUGUGGUCGGAUUAUAAAUUUACAAACUUAAAAUGUGAAAGUCUUGACAAAGCUUUUUGUGGUUUUGAACGUUGUUACUUGAAAUCAGUAAAUCGAAGUUAUAAAUACGCAUCGGUUACAGUCAAUUUAUACCAGCUUCCAGUCACCAAUUUUUCAGUCAACCUGGCACUAUUGAAACGAUUCAAUGGGUAUAAGCCAUUUCUUUACAAUAUAACUGUAGAUGGAUGCAAAUAUCUGGAGUCUGUAAAAUCAAGAAAUCCAGUAGCAAAAUAUUUUUUUGAUUUCAUUUCACCCUAUGGCAAUAUGAAUCAUAAGUGUCCAUUCAAUCAUGAUAUUAUUGUAGAAAGACUGCCAAUAUAUUUUGUUAACUACCGAGCAACAAUACUGUUGCCAUUUCCUGAGGGCGACUAUAUGGUUGAUUCCACUUGGAUGGCCGGUGGUGUUUCACGUGCUUAUGUUAAAGUAUAUGGAACUCUUUCCUAA